AUGGGAACCAACACGCUCUUCUUCUACGGCACACUGAUGGCCCCACCCGUCCUCUACCGCGUCAUCUACGGCACGUCCUCGCCCAAGCCCGAAGAGUAUCCGGCCAUGAAGUUCUUGAGUGUCAGAUCGGGGUUGUUGCGUGGGCAUAGGCGGCAUCGGGUUGUGGGCGCGGACUACCCGGCUGUCACACCGGAAAAGGGAGGGAGUGUGAGAGGGACACUGGUUGGUGGGUUGACGGAGGGGGAUGUCUGGCGCUUGGAUGUCUUUGAGGGGAGCCAGUAUGAGCGGAGGGAGGUGGGCGUUGAUGUGCUGGAGGGGGUUGGGUUGGGGGAGGCUAAAGAGCCUGAGACGGUGAAGGCGCAGACGUACAUCUGGGCGUCGCCGCUCGAGGAGCUUGAGUCUCAGGAAUGGGACUUUGAGAACUUCAAGAGGCGGAAGAUGUCGAGGUGGGCUGGUCUUGAGUCGGAUGACGGAGGCUGGGGUGGAUCUUCGGAGGAUAAUGAGGAGGUGGUGGAGGAAGACCAGGGGUUCGCGGAUGUCGAGCAUGCUGUGAGGAAUGGCGAUGUGGUAGACAAGGCCAGGGAUGGUGUGAGGGGUGAUGACGGGAUGGGUGGACGGGGGAUCAAUGGUGUUAUUGGGCGGCAGCUGGCUGAGGUGCAGCGGAAUGGGGCGAGGUGA